CAGCCUGGUAGCAGAGAUGAAAAUGCAUCUAUGAAAUUGAUUGUCUUUUGUUGAUACUCUGUAUUUUCUUUAUACAUAUUGCAUUUAACCUGUCUGUCUGACACUGGCACACAUACCUGAUGAUGAUGUCGUACUGAUCUAUAUGGGAUCCAAGAUGGCUCCCGUGAAGAACCCCUCCAUUGCCUACCACCACGCAUCGUCUGCAGCUGCCUUCUCCCCUCAGUGAUGGAGGCAGGCCAGGCUGAGGCAGAGAGGCAAGAGCCAGGGCCAGAGGUUCUUCACUGCCCAGGAGCCCCAGAGGAGGGGACAGAUCCCAGGGCACAGGCCUGUCCUGCUGCACAAACACAGGGAUGUCCAGGAGGCUUGCAGAACACGACAGGGGCUUGAGGUGGUUCAGACACCAGCGAGGCUGACAUGGACCGGACAGCAGGGAGGCUGACUGAUUUAGUAAGACCUUAAGAGAGGGGCAAACAUAGAGAGAUGUUUGCUUUGUACUCAUUAUGCAAACAGCGAUGGAAGAGGUUCUGCAGUGGGCAGCCAAUGUGAUGGAUAAAACAGGAAUAGAAAAGAAAGCUCAGGCAGAGGAGAGAGGGAAGAUGAUCUCCUCAGACCUAUACUGUGAGGUUUUGGAUCUGAGCGGAGGAGAGAAUAUCACAGAGCUGUGCAAAACACAAAAGAAGAUCAAGAAGACAUACUCACCCAGAGUGUCUGUGGAAACCCCUGUGAUAGGGCCGGAGGAUACUGCAGAAUUCAUGAAUGCAGCCAGUCAAGGCAAACUGAAUGUGAUAGACAAGUAUCUGGCUGAUGGUGGGGACCCUAAUGUCCAUGAUGAGCUGAAGCGGACAGCGCUACAUCGUGCCUCUCUGGAAAGACAGACUGCAGUUGUCCAAAUGCUUUUAGAAAAGGGAGCCGAUAUCAACUUUAAAGAUCAACUGGGCUCCAGGGCCAUACACUGGGCCUGCAGAGGAGGAAGCCUGGGAGUUGUCAAAGCCCUGAAGAGCCACAGGGCUGACCUGAACGUUAGAGAUAAGUUGUACAGCACUCCUCUGCAUGUGGCCACAAGGACAGGCCACACCACCAUUGUGGAGUACCUGCUGUCCUGUGGUGCCAAAAUCAACUCCAGAGAUAGGGAAGGGGACACAGCCCUGCAUGAUGCAGUGCGUCUCAACAGAUACAAGAUAGUGAAGCUGCUCAUAGUGGCAGGGGCUGACACAAAAAUAAAAAAUCAUGAAGGAGUCACAGCAGUGCAGCAGGUAAAACAGUGGCAGUUUGACAUCAUGGAGAUCCUGCAGAGACUGGAGAAGCUGAGGGAAUUGGGACUGGUACCGCCUGAAAACACCUCGAGAGAGAGGAGUGACUAGUGCAAAAGAUGCACAUCUACUCAUACAGUAUAUUCCUUUAACGUUGCUCCAUCUGUCUCAGGUUCAAAAUACAUCCAGCAAUUCCACUGUAGGUCAGUGUACAUCAUAUUUGAGUAUAUGCGUUAUAUGUGCUCACCAACAAAAUCUGCCUUUCUGGGGCAUGGCUGUUAAACCUCUAAGGUUAGUCUGAACUAUGACACUAGAAAAAUGUCAGUGUGGAUGUGACGGAUUCAAAAUGAUCUGCUUAUCUCAAAAAAGUAGGCAGAAAACAUAUGAAUAAGGAAACAAAGCUGAAUUUCUCACAACCUUUUGCCAAGCUUUGGCUUUUGAUAUUUGCUUCCAAAGAGCUUUAUCAUCUCAGGAGCACUCCGAUGGAUGUUUUGUAUCUGAUUUGGGAUGUCUUUGGAAGUGGAAUAAUAUUAAUAGGUAGUGCUGUGCAGAAGCUGCGUCUGAAUAUACAUCAAAAGGUCCUUGUUUUAUCAAGGCAACAGACAAGGCCAGAGCACACAGCAGUACUGUGUUUGAGAUGUCAGCUGAUGAUAGCAGAGAUGGCUGGUAUGCCUCCGCUAAAGUCAGGGAUUCAAGGAGAGCUCAGUGGGCAUAUUUUCCUUCUAUCAUCAGUGGCUCAAAUGUUCCUGAGGGAGGGUGGUCAUUUACACUGGGGAAACCAACAGCUUGCUCCCUUGCUUACAAUGUAGUUGUUUAUGUAUAGUUAGUCAUUAUGCAUGCAGCCAUUCAUUUUGUGAGCACAUUUUGUUCAACAUAUACUGUGCUACUGCUGUA